AGCUUUAGGCUCACAGACCUCCAGCCACGGACCGCAAAAUCCAACCGGCGCGAGAGCCAUGGGGCGCUGGGUUUGGAUCUGCUUUGUCUUCCAGGCGUGCGUCGCCAAAUAUGCACAGAUCCAGCAGGUCUCCGUGGCCAAGUUCGCUCGUGGCAGCACGGAGGAGAAAGCAGAGCAAGUGCAAAAGCUCAGGACUGCCUUUGAGACCAAAGGGAUGGUUGUUCUGGUCGACGUUGGCUUUCCUGAGGGCUUGAUCGAGAAGACCAUGUCCAAGAGUCGUGAGUUCUUCGAACUGCCAUUGCAUCUAAAGGAGAAACAUGGUGAGCCCAGUGGAUAUCCACCCCGUUCCUACGGGGCAGUCACAGUGCCCACCGGAAAGUUCUACAAGACCCAGCAGAAGGACGACCCAGGGAACAUCUUGAACGAGUGGCUGCUGGUGAAGAACACAACAGUCCCGAUCGACUGGAAGGAUCCUUACUACUCCUCAGAUGAAGGUCAGGAGUUCUACAGCUCCAUCUCCAAGCACCCCGAGCAGCAGCAGUGGCCUGCUGAGGUGCCUGGGCUGCAGGAGGUGACCGGGGCCUUUUACCGAGAGAUGGAGAAGCUGGCGACGACCAUGCAAGAGCUUUUCGCUUUGGCCUUGGGGAUUUCCAAGGACUUCUUCUCUUCGCGAUCGCAGCGGGCUCCAAUUUGGCCCGUGACCAUUGCGCACUACCCACCCCAAGAGGUCGCUCCUGCAGAGGACAAGGAGAGGAUACAGCCCCAUUGGGAUCGAACUUUGUUCUCAUUAAUCACCACCAGUGACGCUGGUGAUGAAGAUUCGGAGGGUGGGUUGCAGAUCCUGGUGGACAAAGAGACAGGCGAUGGCGUUGAUGGACGAGCUGAGAUGGAGGGACGCUCAACUGAGUGGCAAAAAGUUCGACGCCCUCCUGGUGGAUUCAUCAUCAACGUUGGAGAGAUCAUGAGCCGCUGGUCCAAUGGACGCCUGAAGCAUGUGGUGCAUCGGGUGCCGAAUCCCAAGCCUGGGCAUCCAGACCUGGGACGCAUCUCGCUCAUGGCUUUUGUGGUGCCAGACUACGAUGCGGUCGUGGAGUGCAUCCAUUGCAAAGAGGAUGGGUCAACACCAAUCUAUGAGAAGACCUGGGUGGGAGAGAUGAUGAACUGGGGGAGCAGGCUGCCCAUCUACAAUCAAACGAAGAUGGAGAUGAUGCGUAUGGCCCAAGGUCUCUACUCCACCAAGGGCGAUCAGGUGAAGUUGGGAGAUCCCACCGACGUGAAGAGCCUCGAGAAGCAGCUCACCAAGAAGGCCAUCCCAGUGUUGGACAUCGCAGCGUUGCAGAACGGCACCCAGGAGGAGCAAAAAGUCGCAGCACGGAGGCUCUCCGAGGCCUUCGAGCGCACGGGCUUCGCGGUGGUCACCGGGCACCCGGUGCCGCCAGAGCACAUGCGGAACCUCCGCAUCAAAGCGUACCAGUUUUUCCGGUCGCCACUUGAAGAGAAGAAGAAGUUCGACAAGGGCAAAGGCUACGGCUUCGGGGGGUACAACAAUCAGCGCGAGAGCGGUGCUCAGCUCUUGGGAGACUUUUCCAGGCCAGUGGACAUGGUCGAGUCGCUGCAUGCGGGUCUCGCCGGGCUGCGUGCGGGUGUGGAGGGCAUCCAGCUCCGGGGAACGGAUGAAGGCGCCAAGGAUGGGCAUUGCAGCAUCAAGGACAUCAGUGGGUGCGAGAUGGAAGAAAGUACUCCACCGGUGCUGUCCAGGUUCCUUCCCAAGUGCAGUGUUGGAGUCGGCAGCCUCAUUCCUCCAUGCCAUCGAGGGCCUUGCGAAGCUCGUGGCCAAGGCUCUGCAGCUCUCGCUCAACGUCACCAACGAGGAGUUGGACUUGGUCAUCGAUCCCGUGAAUGCCGGCCUCCGACUGGCCUAUUAUCCCUCCAAGAAGGAGGGGCCAAAAGAUGGCCAGAUGGGCUACGGCCAACAUGUGGAUUCUGGAGGUGUCACCAUGAUCAGCUUGGACCCAGCCAAUCCACAUGGUUUGCAGGUGGACAUCAGCGGUGUUGGGACCAACGGAAAGGACCAGGAGCGCCUUUGGGCGGAUGUGCCCUUCAUCCCGGACUCCUUCGUGCUCAAUGUGGGUGCGCUGCUCUCCCGUUGGACCGGGAACAAGUGGAAGGCCUCAGUGCAUCGCGUUUUAUUCAACGAGAAGAGUCACGAGCGUCUCUCCAUCAUCACCGGGGCCUUGUCGCCCAAGAUUGAUGGGCCGGCAUUUGCGGGCUUCCAACAGCUGGCGACAUAUCCUCCCGUGAAAGCGGAAGACUACCUGGGCACCAGGGUGGCUCUCCAUCGUGCUGAGUACGCGGAAGAGAGGGGGCUCAAAGGUGACGCCAUCGAGAAGGAGUCUGAACAGAUACGACAGCUGAACAUUUGAGUGCCAUUUUGAUGUGCUCAAAUGUGUUCGUGAACCUGGACUUGGUAGCUAUGAAGCUGUCCUUUUUGAUUCCUUUGCUUGACAUGUUAGAGAAAGGCAUGC